CAGCGCUUUGAGCCACGUGUAGGCGAUGGCUCACACUGGGACCUUUAGGGACGAAAGUGCGCAUGCGCGCCGCACAGUGGCCCAGUAAUGGCACUCUACAGAGGAGCACUGCGAAUGCACUUCGGUGCAAGUCGCCACUUUUUUACCCCAGCUGCCCUUCAUCAGACUCGGCAGUCAUCGGAAAACGUGUCAUCCAAAUCUAAGGCCCGUGCCGAGCCCGUUGAUCAUGUUCUCUACACACAGGAGCAUUUUGCACUGAAGGACUCUUUGAGAAAGCUCAUUGAUCAGGAGAUUAACCCUUACGUGGACAAAUGGGAAGAGGAGGGUCAAUUCCCUGCACACAAAAUCUUUAAGAUCCUUGGCAAUGCUGGAUUUUUGGGAGUCACCAAACCCGUGGAAUAUGGAGGUCUGGGAUUGGACUUCAGCUACAGUGUGGCUGUGGCAGAGGAACUGGGCAACAUCAACUGCGGAGGCAUUCCCAUGGCCAUCGGUGUUCAGUCUGACAUGGCUACUCCUGCCCUGGCCAGAUUCGGAUCCGAAGAGCUGAAAAAGGAGUUUUUGCUUCCGUCCAUAAUGGGUGACAAAGUGGCGUGCCUGGGAGUGAGUGAAGUCGGUGCCGGCUCUGAUGUUGCGAGCAUAAAGACGAAGGCUGUACGUGAAGGAGACGAUUUUGUCAUUAACGGGGGAAAGAUGUGGACCACCACCGGAACACAAGCUGACUGGAUGUGCCUCUUGGCCAAUACAAGUGAUGGGCCACCACACAGAAACAAGUCCCUCAUCUGCCUCCCCAUGAACCUGCCAGGAAUUCACAUUGCGCGAAAGAUUGAUAAGCUGGGCAUGAGGUCUUCGGAUACAGCAGAGGUUUCCUUCGAAGACGUUCGGGUGCCAUGUAAAAACGUCAUCGGUCAAGAAGGAAUGGGCUUCACAUACCAGAUGCUGCAGUUCCAGGAAGAGCGCCUCUGGGGAGUGGCCAAUAUUCUAACGAUGAUGGAAAAAGUGGUGCAGGAAACAGUUAACUACACCCGGCAAAGAAAGAUCUUCCAGCAGCCAGUGCUGUACCACCAAGUGGUGCACUUCAGGUUAGCAGAGCUUCAGACUGAGAUCGAACUCCUGCGCUCUCUGCUGUACCGCUGCACAGAGAUGUACAUUAAGGGAAACGAUGUGACAAAGUUGGCAAGUAUGGCAAAACUGAAGGCCGGUCGACUGGCACGCGAGCUUGGAGACAGCUGUUUGCAGUACUGGGGUGGGAUGGGAUUCACCAGCGAUGUCCUCGUUAGCAGGUUCUACAGGGAUUCCAGACUGAUGUCGAUAGGAGCAGGAGCAGAUGAAGUCAUGCUCUCAAUUAUUUGCAAGUACAUGGACACCCUGCCUAGGAAGUAACCCUACUGAGGAAGGGUUUAUCCCUUAGUUUGAUCUCGUGUGUGACUUGUUUUCAUGUGAUUAUUACUAGUUUAAUACAGGAUUAUUAGUCACCUGCUGCCUUAACAGAUAAUGGAAUACUGGUCUGUGUGAGAACCUUGCACUUAUCUAAAGUGUGAUUUAGUUGAUAGCACUUUUAAGGAGAACCUGAUCCCUGGGAUGUUCUAACUAAGUUUUUCUGGGGGGUAGAAAAUCUCUGGCAUAUGGUUUUAUACAGAAUCUUUAGGUAUAUAAUAUAUAUAUAUAUAUUUAUGAAUGAAAAAAAACCUUGAGUGAUGGAUCAUCUUUUUCACGCUGUGUAAUCCCAGUGUAAUCCUAUUCACGUUUCUUUUUAACAAUACAUUUUUUUUUUUAUAUCAAAAUGACAGAAAACCAAUUUGGUACAAAUAUACAUAUAUUAAGAAAUUAGUGCACAGGAAAUUGGCAAUGCUGAAUAAGGAUCAAACUGUAUAAUCUACAUGAAACAUUGAAUGAUUUUCUUCAACAUUUUAUUGCCUAAUAUUUUCUCUUACAUACAAAUUCAUACUUGUGUAAGAAAUCUAGUCCAGAGCUGUUAAGCUUAACAUGUAUUCUAUAUAUUCGGAACUCAAAUUCGACACAACAUCAAGAGAAAAAUGAUUAAAUUCUUCAAAUUAGAACUGAUGAACAAUUUCUCCUAAUCAUUUAAAGCUUUCUGGUUUUCCCUCCUCGAAGAACAUCAUCAUUGCACACUGAAAUGUCCUGUCCUGCCUGUAAUUAAAAGCUUUUGCGCAUUCA